ACAACAACUGCCAAAAGACAUGAAACUACAGUUACUGCAGUAAUUGAAUUCAAUAAAUAUCUUGAAAAUUGUUUUUCUGACUGGACUAAUGUUUCCAAGGAAAUGUCGUGGGAGAUCAUUUACAUACAACCCUACGACGCUGAUGAGAGGAGACAAAUAAAAGAAUGGCAAGGAUGCACUUUGAAUGAAUCAGGAAAUUAUAAUCUCGAGGAACAGGGGAUUACUGCCAAAUUCUGGAAUGAAAAGGUAAAUCAGUAUCAAGUGGACAUGUCGCCAUCAAUGGUUGUAUGGCUUAUUGAGGCUUUAAUGGCGAUGUAUUAA